GUACCUCCCAGUAACCGCGUCAGAAAUACAGCUCUACCAAGAAGUACUACAGUGAGCGUACCUUCCAGUAACCGAAUCGAAGAUACAGUUCUACCAAACAACAGCCAUCAGCCUAACAAAGAAGAUUCCAAGUCUUGUUUAAAAGACGCCUUCAAAGACAUCUUGCUUGUUGUUGUCUUCAAUUAUCCAUUCUACGACAGUAUACCUCAUCUGGUUGCUCUGUAUAAACCUGCCUUCCCUAACCUGUUAUUCUGCGGACCGCCUGACAAAACAGCGAGCCCAGACAUUCUCACGGUCGAUAUCAUUCAAGGUUUUCUGGGUUACGAGUGUCUUAGCAGAGCAAUACGGCAACAUCCGGGGUAUAGGGGAUAUUUUUACAUCAGCGAUGAUGUCAUACUGAAAUAUUGGAGCUUUCCGGAUAAUAUUGACUGGGGAAAGUUUUGGGACUCGUACAUUCCUAUCACCAGUCCCGCAAACGGACCUCCAAGCAACGCCUGGUCAUGGUGGAAUUCUCAGUACGGCCUGAGCAACUGCCGAAGAGCUUUAGAAGAUGUGGCGAAAAUGAGCUUAAAGGAGGAGAAACUUAACGGAGGACAGCUUUUAAAUACUCUUGUGAAGAAUGGUAAUGGAACACGGCUAUGCUUUGGCGGUCGCUCGGACGUCUUAUACGUUCCUCAAAAGCACGCCACAGCGUUUUCAACUCUUUCAGAAACGUUUUAUAAACAAAAGGUAUUCCUUGAAAUCGCUGUGCCAACUAUACAUCGCCUUUUAGAGCCAAACGAGAACAUUAGACGUCUUCCUGGAUACUACAUGCCUGACGUGAGUGAUGGCAGGUUUUUCUGGUAUCUUUACUUCCCGCAUAACGAGUAUUACUUCAUGCAUCCGUUUAAACUUCAUCGUCAAGGAAUUGAUAGCAAGUUCAAUUUGGUUAUGAUGAAGUUUAUUUUUAUAGAUAAAAUCAAAGCACUCACUAACUGCACGCCGACGGUCUCUUAAGUAGACUGCAAUCUAGGCGUAUGUGCACGCUAUGCCAUCUAUCUAUCUAUCUAUCUAUCUAUCUAUCUAUCUAUCUAUCUAUCUAUCUAUCUAUCUAU